AUGAAAUCUAAAAAUAAGAAAUAGCUCGGAUCAAGACUUAUUAAACACUAAACAUUAGACAAAGGAAAGUUAAAUAAUUAACAAUCUAAAAUGACUCUUAAGUAGAAUAAAACAUCUGAAUUAAAUAUUGAGGAAGCUCAUGAAAUUAAUAAUAAACUUAGAGGUAUUGUUUCAAAUGAUUUGAUAUUUGAGGGAACUAGAAUGGAAAAGGAAAAAGUUGGAUAACUCAAUAAGCUAUUUCAGUCCUUUGAUAAUUAAACUAAAAUGUUCCACUAAACUUAAACAAACAAUAAGCAAUACUAAGUAUCCAAAAGACUUAUGAUUUCAACCACUAGCUCUCAGAAAAAGAUAAACUCUCUAAUUUAACCUCAUAAAAAUUAAUCCAGCAAAGUUGAGUCUCAACAUGAAUAAUAUUAAGAUAAUCAAUUGAGUCAAGAUUUCUGUUAGUUUGAUGAUUAUAUUUCUGAUGCUAAGGAUAUUUCCCCUAAGUUAGUCAGGAAAAGUCUAAACCAUGGCAAAAAAGACUAGUCUUAAUAAAAAUCAUAAUCUCAAAAAGUUAAUUAAAUACUCAAUAGGGAUCCGGAUAACAAUUUAUAAAGUCACAAUUCCAGAAAUGGAAAAGAGGAAAGUAAUGAUGUUUGA